AAAUUAAAUAAGAAAUGGAAAGUAGCUCUAUGCCUCCAAAGGGAGCGGAGUCACUCUCUUCACUCAACCAAAGUAGUAAGUUUCAAUCCCCACCAAAGCACAAGAAGGAUUUUUACCUUGACACUGGAACCUUCCUCACAGAAGGGGAAAAGCAUGAGGAAACAGGGAAUAUAAAGUUAUUGUCUGGGUUUCCUAAUGCUAAUUAUAUCAAUGAGACUUACUCAGAGAUCACUGGCUGACUUGAUACGCUCAAUCAGAGGAUAAAGACAGUGGUUGACUCCAACCAAGAUGUCUUCAUCUCUGCGUAUAAAGACUCUAUGAACAAAAUGAAUUCUGAGCUUAAAGAUAUCAAAUACAGAAUGUCCUCAGAUAAAAUGAAAGAGAAACAAGAGCAGAAGCUCAAACUAGUCGAGAAGGAGAGAGACUGGUUCAGAGAUGAGGCCCUUCGUCUCAACAGGAAGUGAAAAAAGCUGGAGGAAGAGAUUAAGAGAGUCAAGUCUUAUUACAACAGCAAAAAAUAA